UGGAGGUCUGACCUGGAAAAGGAAAUCAAAAACUGUCGGCCCUGUGUGACCAAUGUUGGCAUUGAACUGAGUCUACCCGACCACCAUCUACCCGACCACCAGAAUGUGUGCGAGAAAUGCAAGAGUCAUAAUAUAGUCUCACCAUUUGCAGAGGACUACGAGUCCUAUCAGUCGCUGAAGCAGUCGUACGAUCAACUCGUGGACAGCAAUCAGCUCUUGGAGUCUGAGAACGAGUCCCUCACGAGUAGUAAUCGACUGCUGAAGAGACUUCUGGAGACAUUGGAGACCAUUAAGACAUCGUUGGAGCAAAAGGUCCUCAUAAUGACCACUCGGUUGAACAGCAUUCGCAGCGAACAAUUGGUACCAUUGGACCGGGACUUAAGGCGUAUGGACGGGGAUUACUGUCACCUCAAGUGUCUCCUGAAUCGCGUGGAGUUCGACGAAAAGGUGGACGUCAAAGACGUGGACACGAGUCACGCCAUUAUGGCCGUCGACGCCAUGAUCACCAGCGAUGACCAAUUGGGUGAUCAGCACAACCAGUCGUCGGUCGACGACCAUAGCGCUGCCGUCGACGACACCAACGAUGACGAUAUCAGUGCCGCCGAUGACGACAACAAUACGGACAGCGCUAUGGAUCAGACGCUGAGCGGUGCGUCCACUGAUGGCAUAUAUGUGUUGAGGCCGUCGCCUCCCGGCGCCGCCAACGAUGAGCUCAAUAUCGGUUCCUAUAGUUACAGUGUCUUAGCGACCGCUGAAGACUUGGGUGGCGUUCGGCGGCAGAGGAAUAAGAGAUCCAAAGAUCCGGGAAGCAUUAAAGAGCACAAACGCAUCCACAGCACUGAGAAGCAGUUCCGGUGCGAGUGGGAGGGCGCCGCCAACGAUGAGCUCAAUACCGGUUCCUAUUGUAAAAGUAUCUUAGCGGCCAGUUCUUCAAAUGGCGGUCAAAGAGUAGACGAGAACUGGAUCUACUCAUGUCUUUCAACUCUGUAUCUACAGUUGGAUCAGUUCGAGUCGGAGUCGUUUGAGUUACUUUUGGCGCAGAAAAAGAGCANAGUCUAA